AUGGCUGCCACCAAGGAUUUCCGCCUCGUCUGCCUGGAGAACCCUCUCCUCGACAUCCAGGCCGUCGGUGACGAGGCCCUGCUGAAGAAGUACAACCUCAAGGCCAACGACGCCAUCCUCGCCGAGAAAGAGCACCUCGGCCUCUACGAGGACCUCCUCAACAACUUCGACGCCAAGCUCAUCGCCGGCGGUGCUGCCCAGAACACGGCGCGUGGCGCCCAGUACAUUCUGCCUCCCAACAGCGUCGUCUACUUUGGCGGCGUCGGCAACGACAAGUACGCCGCCACGCUGCACGAUGCCGUCAAGACCGCCGGCCUGCGUGUCGAGUACCGCGUGGACGAGCAGCAGCCCACCGGCCGAUGCGGCGUCGUCAUCACCGGCCACAACCGCAGUCUCUGCACUGACCUCGGUGCUGCCAACCACUACGACCUGGACCACCUGAAGAAGCCCGAGAACUGGGCCCUGGUUGAGAACGCCGAGGUCUACUACGUUGGAGGCUACCACUUCACCGUCUGCCCUCCUGCCAUCAUGGCCCUUGCUGAGGAAGCCGCCGCGAAGAACAAGAUCUUCGCCGUGUCCCUCUCUGCUCCCUUCAUCCCCCAGUUCUUCAAGGAGGUCGUCGACGCCAGCGCCCCUUACUGGGACUACAUCAUCGGCAACGAGGCCGAGGCCGAGGCUUAUGCUGUGGCCCACGACCUUCCUUCCAAGGAGCCCAAGGACGUCGUCAAGGCUUUGGCCAACCUUCCCAAGAAGAACACCCAGAGGAAGCGUAUUGCCAUCAUCACUCAGGGAACCGAGCCUACUCUGGUCGCUAUCCAGGGCGAGGACGAGAUCAAGGAGUUCCCCGUCCGCGCCAUCGACUCUGCUCUCAUCAACGACACUAACGGAGCUGGUGACGCCUUUGCCGGUGGUCUGCUGGCUGGUAUUGUCCAGGGCGAGUCCCUGGAGCAGUCCGUUGACAAGGGCCAGUGGCUGGCUAAGCUGAGCAUUCAGGAGCUUGGUCCCUCGUAA